AAUUUACUCAACACGCCUGUUUUUAUAUUUUAAUAAACAUUGAGAGAUGUCGCGUUUAAAACAAAAGUUGAUAUCAUGCCAGUUCUCAAGACGCCAUUUUGUGCGAAACCGAUACCUGUGGGCAGAAAUAGAAUCAAUGUCCCGGUUAAAUUUUGCUUUGUGGUAGUACUACUACUACUGUACUAAUAUUUAGUAAUAAAUAUUAUUAUUUUUAUUGUAUUAACACAAUAAUAUAGUAGUAGUAGUGCAGUUAUACUAAUUCUGCCCCUUUUGUUAGUAUUAAAAUGGUAAUAAUGAAACCUAUAUCUUGGACUCCUAAUAGUAAUAUUACUAAAUUUCGUUAGUGGCAAGUAGUAAUUGUAUUACUAAUAGUACUAGCACUACUAGUAGUAAUACUAUGCUAGAAUUAUUAUUAUUACUAAAACUUAGAAGUACAAAUAAUAUACUUCUUACAUAUUAGUUACUGCCAACAGUCAUAAGUUCAAGUAGAAAGUUAGAUGUAACAGUCAUACCAUGACAGUGUGAUACACUACAGUGUUAAUUAUAUGAAAUAAAACAGUUUGCUGAAAAGAGUGAUAACCUUUGUAUACUAGGUUUAUAAAUAAAUAUUUUGGGACUGCAUGUGAACAAGGUAGUUAAAAAUUCACCACUAAGAGUAAGAGUGAUGACUUAUCUUGUACUUGUGUAAUAGUUAUGAUUUAUAGUUAUAGAAAAGGCUUUUUUCUUUUCUUUGCAGUUUAUCAGAGAGUGCACUAGCACUAUGUAGGGGUGGCAUGGAUUCCCUUAUUAAAGCAAUACAAAAUGCACUUGGAUCAGAGGCUAGAUAUGAAGAGCUAUUUGGCAUAGUUGCUCUAUAUCCAUUAUAUAUGCUGCUUUUUAUCUAUCUAGAGCAUCCCAAAGUCGAAAACUGAUGGAUAGACUAAACAGAUUUCUUGUUCUCAUUCAUCAUCAUCUUUCUUCAACAGACCUAGUGCUUAUCUAAUUCUUGCAGGAUGAUUUAGAAAAAUUACAAAACUAUGGAUGAUACAGAUGUAGGAGAUGUUGAUGAUCCUAUUAAGGAAGAAGAUCCUGGACCAAGUUUGGCAGACCCUAAUGUUCCUGAGGUUAUUGGACUUCUUUUGUCUCAGUCAGAUCAACAAGAUGAUUCUCAAGAUAAUGAUGACAGUCCUCAUGCUGGGGUUCUAUCAGUGUGUCCAAGUGAAGGUGACAGUUUAGCAAUCAACUGUUCAGUUGGCUCACCUGUUAUUGCUGUGACUACGUCUACACCUCCAUUAAGUAUCUCUGGUGUGGCAUUAGCUGACUCUGGAAUUUCAUUGGUUGAUCAUAGAGAUGUAGCAACUAGAGUGUUAGAAACUAGAACGGUGAAGUUAGAGGAUGGUACAACAGCUUUUGUUCAGUCACUUCCAUCAACAGAUGAAUCAGAUAGCUCUGAAGCUCCCACAAAAUUUUUUGAUGGUCAGGCAGUCCAGUUAGAGGAUGGGACUACGGCCUUUAUUCAUACAACCCCACGAGAAGGUCUUCAGACUAUUCAACUAGAAGAUGGGACUACAGCUUACAUUUCUCCAGUAACUGCUGAACCUCUAUUUGAUGGUGAAGCAUCUGGAUUAGGCUUGGAAAAUUUUGCUGUUGGACAAAUUGGAGAGGACAGUGUAAGUGAAGGAGCUAGAGAUGGAAUUGAAGCCAAAAUGGCAUUAGGUGUUGUAAACAGCCCCUCUACAAGCAGUCCAAGAGCCUUGGCAAUGGGAGAUAGAGCAUUCAAAUGUCCGUAUGAAGGAUGUGGACGAUUAUACACAACUCAGCAUCACCUGAAGGUACAUGAACGUUCCCAUACAGGGUACAGACCUUUUAAAUGCAAUGCACCAGGAUGUCACAAGGCUUUUGCUACUGGCUAUGGUUUAAAGAGCCAUACCAGAGUUCACACAGGAGAAACACCUUAUAAAUGUCCUGAUGAACAAUGUCAUAAAGCUUUUAAAACGUCUGGGGAUUUACAGAAGCAUGUUCGUACCCAUACAGGAGAGCGUCCAUUUAAGUGUCCAUUUGAAGGCUGUGACAGAGCAUUUACUACAUCCAACAUUCGCAAAGUACACAUCCGCACUCAUACGGGUGAAAGGCCAUACAUAUGUAAGGAAGAAGGGUGUGGAAGAUCCUUUGCUAGUGCAACUAAUUACAAGAAUCACAUUAGAAUACACACAGGUGAAAAGCCGUAUGUGUGUAGUGUUCUCAGUUGUGGCAAAAAAUUUACAGAAUAUUCUAGCUUAUAUAAGCAUCAUGUUGUUCACACCCUUACCAAGCCUUAUGUUUGUAAUCUGUGUGGCAAAAAUUACAGACAAACCUCUACUCUUGCUAUGCACAGACGGACAGUGCAUGGAAUAGUAGAGGAAGAGAUGAAUAUAGAACCCACAGUUUCUAUUUCUGAAGAAAGAAGUUUAGUAGGUGCAGAGGAAUCUGGAGAGGAGGCUGAAAUUGCCUCAAAGCAGCCUAGAUUGCAAUUUAGACUUGGGGGAAGUCUUGAAGAUGGAACUGCUAACUUAGUCAUCCAAGGUACAACCUCUCAACAUAUUGCUAUGUUGUCUUCAGUGUCAGACCUUCCUAGCGAAGCAACAGUAAUUGCUCUACAGGGUAACCAGUCAGUCAAUGAACAAGGUGUUCAACAGAUAUUAGUUGUGGCUGAUCCAGCUCAACUGGCAGCUCUCCAGCAACUUGCUCAGCAACAAUUUGCACAAGUGCUUUCCCCUGAGAGCAGCACCGAUGGUGGUGAUUCUGUAUCAAAUCGAUACCUCUCUGGAAAAGGAGCUGAUGGUCUUACCUUAGAUCCUGCUCAAGAUCCUAAACUGGAACAUCCUAGUUCUCAACCUAGUGGAGAGUACACUCUUACUGGAUCUCCUAUUUCAAGUGAAGAUAACUCAGCUCUGGCCCCUCUGACAAGCCAACCAAGUGAUUUGUAAUGUGUCUUUCAUAUUGUGUAGUAUACUUUUUAACUUUGUCAUCUUGCCAAAUGUUGUAGUAUGAAAUAUGUUAUGACCUUUGAUUGUUUAUUUUUGUGUAAAUACACAGCACACCAGGUACUGUUGGUUGGUGUAAUUUUUAUUUAUUAUUGUUUGCUUACAUAAUGUACUAGUGGAAAUCCCAGAAAAUGGAAUUCUGUCAGGUUGAGUUUAGGUACCAAAGUCUAUCAAUAACAUUCACACUCAUUCUAGUAACAGUUUCUUUUAGAGAAAUUAAUGUAAAGUAUGAGGAUUUUAUGUGUAAAUGGAAAAUUGUGGGUUCUGGAUGGCUGCUUUGUACUUACCAUUUUGUUUUCAAUCACAAGAAGCCUUUUGUGAAUAUCAUUAGCUAGAGAAAUGAGAUUAAUAACAACCUUUAAAUAAAAUAUCUUUCAAACUUGAA